CAUGUCAGGGAAUAAAACGGCAACAGAAGCACAUUCUGCAAAUAACGUAUCGGCAAGGUCAGAUUUUAGGAACGCCUUCCUUUCUCAUUUCCCAUUUGAAAACGUUCGCCGUAGAGAAUUUCCCGGCUCGUCUUCCGCUCGUUUAACUGCUCAUAAAUCCAUUGAAUUUAUAAACAAGGCCAGAAUUUUUUGGUCAGAAAAUCCUCAAGUUAACUAUUCGGGGAGAACAACGAGAAUAACGAGCGCUCCUCCAGUGCUUAGAUCAUCUCCCAAUAAUCAAUUUUUGUCUCUUUCCAUCGAUAAGAAUCGGGUACAAAGAGCUAAAAGUGCCGAUAAAAAAAUUUUUGAUCCUUCGCUCUUCUCAUCCGACGGCGUUAUAAUGUGGACAAACAACUCGAGUAGGAAGAAUAAAUAUCCUGAAAGCUAUGUUAGAAUGAUUGAAAUUGUCAAGAAAAUAAGGGACAAGGAGAAACCUAAUUUACAAGAGAAAAUAUGUCUUACUUCAGUUGUUCAACAGCCUACAACUAAUAACAUGUUACAAAUUAAUACUUCAUCGCCGCCAAGAAAAGAGUACGAUCUUGAGCUUCCGGUGAACAAUUCACUUAAAUGCCAAGAUGAAAAUAAGCCCUCGUCCAAAGAUAUGAAAAAGGAUCAACACCAUCCCAAUCAAUCUCAUUCCCCCUCCUCACAGCAUAUUAAAAGGAAUCGUCGGAGGCGUGUCCAUCAACGAAAGUUUGAUGACAAUUAUCAGCUAGGAGAAGAUAUCGAAAAAGGAAGAGAAGAUGGGAAGAAAGGAGGACGAGGAGGAGAAUCUCAUCGAUCGAGACAAUCCGAUCGUCCGAAGACAGCCUACAAGAGUAAAAGCCCCAAUGGAAAUUACCAUAGAAGAGAACAUAGAGAGAAUGCGAAGAAAAGAGAUAAUGAAAUUGAAAUAGAAGACAAGUAUAACGACAUGGAGGAUUGUAACUAUAAGGAACAUUCUGAAAAAACCGAACAGAAUCCAAACGUUCCGUGCAACACCGAAAAAUCGUUUAUUGACGAUGACAACGACGAUGUUUACAAUGACGACGACGACGACGACGACGACGACGACGACGACGAUGGUGAUGACGAUGGCGCCGGUGGCUUCGGAGAUGAAAAUGAUGUGGAUAAUGAAGAUUAUUACGAAGAAGGCGACAAUAUAUAUGACGAUGGUGAUGAUGAUAACGAUGAUGAUGAUGAUAAUGAUGACGACAACGAUGACAACUAUUAUGAUGAAGAUGACGAUGAUGACGAUUAUAACGAGGAGGAUGACGACGAUGAAGUGGACAAUAUUUCCUGUAAAUUAAGAGGAUUACGCGACGACGAUGAUAACGAUAAUAUCUAUUACGCUAACGAUUACGAAGAAAGUACAAAGAAACUAUUGAAUUACUAUGAUAGAAAAGGAAGCGGAAAGCGAAAUUGUAAAACUCCUUUAGGACAAACAUCUUUGCACUCUAUAAUAUCUACAACACCUUUUAAUAGAGCUAAUAAAUCAAGAUAUAUGCCUUCGUUUGCCGCAAAACAGCAAGGAGCCAAUUUUCUUACAGUAACCCCGGUAAUUAGACCAAAAUUUAAUCGUAAAAUAUAUGGAAAACCUCUACAGUCGAAUCGUAAAAAUUAUAAAUCGUCAAUGUCGUCGGCUGAGAGGGAAAACAAACUAUUCUUUUCGGAGAAAAACGUUAAUUUUUUAGAAAUUCAUAAACCUAUUUUCUGUUCUAACGAAAAGAUUCAAUCGCCAACAACGACGCCCGCAGUGUCUUCUUCUCCACAAUUCAAAUCUAACAGUAAUCAACUUCCUCUAAAAAAGACAAACAAACAGACCAAUAACGUCAGUAACGGUCGAGUACGGUCAAUGUUGAGAUUUAAUAGAGCCAAGGCGCAAAGGGAAAAGUGCGAGAUAAUUGCUCUGAAAGAGGACGGAAAAAGGAUGGACGAUCUAUGGAUAAAAGGAAAUGGUAAUACAACUAUCCGUAAGAUAGUCAUCUCUUAA